CGCAUAUAAAUAGCCGAGUGUAUCCAUUGGACGCGCUAGAAUUUAAAUGACAUAGAUUUUGCAAAGGACAUACGUUUGCCCCCAAAUUCAGUGCGACUCACACGUUUGUCGCUCCCGGUCGGCAAUUUGAGACAGAACCACUGGCGUUACGAUAAGCCCACGACAAUACAAUAAUGGACGCUCUUUUUGCCUAAUGGGUCGCAUCCUGCACGGCCCAGGCGCAGUCCAGUCAGGAGUUCGCUUCUCUCGCUCCUCUACGUUCGUUCGUACGUUCAGUUUUAGAGGUUUGUCGUGUUUCCAGAAGUCGAGAUCACGUUUCGCGUUAUUAACGACAUCCUCGCGUGGGUAGUUCGGUCCACCUUGACGUUAUAAGACCGACGGUUGUCGGCAACGAACGAUGUGUGCGUGCGAAAAACGAAAACGAUAAAUUUUCCUAACCGUUUCAUGCCGAACUCCAGUAUACGGAUGCAGUGUUGAGGAUGCGCCAGUGUCUUCUAUAGGAGGUUGAGUGCUGUGCAGAGUGACGGACAUGCCUGAGUUCCGACGGCUGGCAUCAAGUGUGAAGAAAAAGAAGUCACUUUCGCCGACUCAGUUACUGAGUCAGUCGCACAGUUCCAUUUACUUGAUGCGAUAACGUUUUAGAUGCAUCUAAGCUCAGUACAAUUGGCGUGCGCGCUCCUGACGCUGGCGCUCGCCGCGGCGGGCGCGCCCCCCGCGGCGGCGCCGCACCACGUGGCCCGCCGUUCCUUCUUCAACCUCCAGUGCAAGGGCGUCUAUGACGCCGCCAUCUUCGCCCGCCUUGACAGGAUCUGUGACGACUGCUAUAAUCUGUUUAGGGAGGCGCAGCUUUAUACUUUAUGCAGGCAAGACUGUUUCACGACAGAGUACUUCAAGGGGUGCGUCGAGGUACUACAGGAGCAGGACCAGUUAGAGCUCUUCAAGACAUAUAUAAAACAGUUACACGGGGCGGAUCCAGGGAUUUAGGGCCAAAUGUUUCACCACGCCCUACUUCAAGGGCUGCAUGGAGUCUCUGUACCUCUACGACGAGGAGGAACAAAUAGAUCAAAUGGUGGACUUCGUCGGACGCUAACGCACUCAACGCCAUCUAGCGCGCGGAGCGGUCACCCAGCCCCAGCGCUCACGCACGCUCCGCGCCCAACGCCACCUAGCGCGCAGAGCGGGCAACCAGCGCUCACACCUUGCGUACACCGCGGCGGCGGCGGUCACGGUCGUCAUCGCAGAAGCAGAAAGUCACGUUCCUCCUGCUUUCUAUCCUCAACGUAUUCUAGUCUAUUAUGCGGCAUAAAUUUAUUUAUGUUUGCAACUAAUGUAAUGUUAUCAUAAUUCGUAUUUAAGGACAUUUAUUAUUAUGUAUUUUAUUAAACAAAAUGUAUAUUUUAUUAAGUGUUGUGUGUAAGCUUAGCCAAGAAGUAGUACAUAAAUCAGUCCACCUCCUAGGUACUGUCUGACAGCCCCCGAAGAUGCUGGCCAUCUGACUCGAACGAAUUCGCGAAGCAUUCCAAAACCAGUAUUUUUAAAAACCUACGCUUUUUAACUUUUUUACUGUUUAAAGGACUACAUAGACCUAAUAUACAUGUACGCUGUAGUGAUAAGGAUCACACAUGUGGCUUAAAGUUUUAUAAUAGCAAUAUUUUCAACUAGGUAUUACAUUUUAACGCCCCUACAUUUUCUCAUUACUAACUGUAAUUUAAACUUAGAUUUUAUAAGUAUUUUGAACAAAAUAAAUUAUUUAAAAUGUCCUAAUAUCACAGACCAUAACCUAUUUAAAUACAGUUUUUAUGUAAACUAAACCGACUUCAUCAUCACAAAAUAUUUUUUGCCUGUUUAAUGCUUUUGUACUGAAAACAAUAAUUCGCUGUAAUUAAAUUCUUCGCUUUACCGUUUAGUGUUAAAGAGCGCGAGGUUGAAUUUAUUUAGUUAUUUAAUUUAGUUUUAAGUAUUUAUAAAGAUUUAUUUUUAUAUACUUCCGAACUAUUUAUUGUUAUGAUUUAUUUAUUUGCACAGUGGAUUAUGCAGCUAUAAGCGCCAGUUGAAACUUUAGUAUUUUAAUCGGUAUUAUUUAAAAAAUAAAAUGUUGAUUUAAAAUCUAUAUUUCGUGUCAGAAGGUGCUAAUUAUGCAGAAAUAUGAAAGAAAUGAACUGAUAUUUAAUUGUUAAUCCCGAUUUUUUUGUCAUUUUUAUAAUCUCAAAAGUAGUGGUCCUUUUUCGCCUCCAAAAAAAUUAAAUCUAAAUAACUAUGCUCUGAAUUAUAUGUUACUUACAGAUUACUGUACUGCAAUAUUAAUUAUCAUAAAAAACCUUUAGUUUUCGGAAAACAAUACUUUUGAGGUUAUAAAAAUUCUAACAUUUCAAAAAAGUCGGUACUUUACAUAUUGAUAUGUAUACUGAUCUAUACACAGCGGUUUAUACUUAUUUAACACAACUGACUUUCGCUUUUCUCUCCGAAUCUCACUUUAAUUCUAUUAGCUAAAUAAAUAAAAUAAUGUAUUUGUUGAUAAAUCAAAAAAUACACUAUUUAGUUAGAAUUGCGCAUUGCGUAUGUAGGACCGAGGUGCCAAUAACCGUAGGAACUAUUGGUUAUACUUUAGAGGUAUAUAGAGGACCUGUGGUAUUAUUGUAAAGAAUAUAAAAGUAAAGUAUACUCUAUUUGUAUAAAUUUUAUAAAAACAGCCAAGAAACGCUACGGGUUCCGUGAAAUAUAUUUCAAUUCGAAAAUCA